GUGUGAGAUUCCAGGCAGGCUGAAGUGCGCUGGGUUUCACUUGCUGUCAGUGCUCAGGACUGCCAUCAGAAGGAGAGCGCUGGCAGUGCUCACGCUGCUUUCCAUAUCACUAACUGGGAGCGCAAUAAAUAGCGUUCGGCUCGGUGUACGGCUCCUGAAAUGAAUGUGUGCAGAGGCUUCGGUUAGCUGCUUCUCUCCCGUGCAGAAGGGGUGUCACUGCUGGAUACCUCUGUCUUGCUCUCCUGUCUUCAUUGCUAGGUCUGCUGGGGCCGGGUCAAGUGGUGCUGCCCAACUUCUCACCAGACUUGCAGGUGGAAGAGAAUCUGUAACAAGAUUGGGAAAGAAAGAGGAGACAAAUUUUCUUUUCCAUCCCAUGGGAAAAUAAAGCGUUGAAUUAUCAUCUGGAAACUGGGAAGAACCAACAUGAGCAACGAGAGGCCAGUGAACCCUAGUUCGUCUCCACUGACUGAGGGCCUGAAGAGAAAGAGAGGAAGACCAAAGAAGCAGCCACGGGAGGAAGCUGGGGGACAAUUGCUGGUGAAGAAACCACGAGGAAGGCCAAAAGGAAGCAAGAAAGCGAGCACUGUAAUUGGACAAAUGGUAGAACCUCCUGCUGGAAAAAGGCCAAGAGGGAGGCCCCGCAAGUGGCCCCAGCUAGCGAUCCGAGAAGGAACGUCUGAGGAAGGAAGUCCUCAGGGAAGCAGUGACUUGAAUUUGAACUCAGCGCCUGCCACACAAGCCCUGUCUGGGGAGAAUAAAGAACCAGCAAGAACUGAAGGAGAAAUGUGCCAGACUUGCAAGCCCGCCAUGGUGCAGAGAAGAGAGGAGAGCUUCUUGAAAGCUACCUGCAUCACUGGAAAAGACGGUUCCAGGCCCAGCAAAACUACUGGUCUUAGGAAGUCUCUGAGUAACAUCCCUGCCACAGCUCAGUAGUAUGCCACCUGCUCAUGUCUUGCUGAAGCCAGAGGACUGGAAAGCAAAUAGCAUUCUUAUUGUCAUAUUUUGAAUUCUUCUUUUGUGAUAAUCUUGCCCAAUCUUUCUCUCCUGCUGUCUGCUGGCUUACCCCAGCCAUCCAAGCAGGGACUUAAGGGACAAAAAGAAAAAUGCUUUCUCAGGGAGAUGCCUUUCACAGUUUGUAGUAGAUUUUUUGGUAAGGAUAUUAUCUUUUGUAAUGAUACUUCAAUAACAGGGUGCCUCGUGCUGCCACAGAUAGCAAUAGUUCAAUAGAAAGACAGAGUGUUGACUCAGUAAUACAGAUAUGGGAAAGGAAAUCUGUUUACACAGCCAAAUUCUGAAUUUAUGUCAUACCACCUCUGGUAGAUGACAGAGUGGUCCCAAGAGUUAAAUUUUGCUCAUUUGCUCACAGGGACUCUAUCUGAAAGAUACUUUGAGUCCUUCCCUUCCUGUAUUGGAAAGAAAAAAACCUUCAUGGCAUUUCCAGCUUACAUAAUGGGGUCAGUAAUUUGGAUGCUUUAGAGGAAAGCUCACACCCUGGCAUCUUGAGGACUGACACUGAAAUUUUUAUCCUAGCGCUAUCAGCUCAGGCCAUCUUCCAUUAACUAGCUUUUGGCCUGCUGGCACUCCCCAUGAAUUUGAUAGCAACUCCGAGUGAACAAUCUUUACAAGCUUAGUCACAACCACUGGAUUUCAUCACUUCCAAGGAGUGCCUCUAAAGAACCAAAGCAACCACAGGUUGCUUCCUUCAGAGCUGCAGGAUUCAACUUAAAUCACUGUCAUACUUCCAUCCAUAAUGUGCGUUUGUGGGGUCCUCUAGUGUUGCAGCUAUGCAAACAAAAGCUUGCUGAUACAGUUUAGUUUGGGGAGACAGCAGUGUCCUGUCGCUCUGGGACAGGGACUGAGAGCAGCACAUCGUAUGUCAACUCUGCUUUCAGCAUCGGAGCUGAUCUUCCUGAAUUCUGAGGAAUGAGGGUAUUUCCAUGACCCACUUGCAAACAGUGAAAUCCUGUGGUUAUUUUCCAUCUGGUGGAUGCUCUGCCUGCCUAUUAAAGGGACAAAGCGGGUAUUUCAAUUAUCUUUGACAAGAUGUAAAAUUGGCUAGCUUUACAGUGUUAAAUAUUUAAACAGAACAUAAUUGGCUUUAAAUUUAUGGCAGUGCAUAGCAGAAACCCAUGAAAUGUCAGUAUAUAUUGAGCUCAUUUAUUAUCCUUUCAUCAGAGGUCUGUUUCCUUAGCAGGCAUGUAUUUAACACAAGAAAACGUCUGCAGGAUUAAGAGGAAGGACUGACUGGAGAAAGAAAAUAGAAGAACUGUUUUUUCCUCCUCUAGAUCAUUUUGUCCAGUCUGCCAUUUAGUAGUGACCAGGGUUCUGAUUAUGUUAAUUCUGUGUUGUCAGGUUUGCCCUACCAGUAAUUUCUUGUACAUGGACUUUGGUGGUCUCAGCAGAAAAACUGCAUCACGGUAACCCUUCUUGCCUCCUCUACCACGUAUCGGAGAAAUCAAGGAUUUAAUGGAUUGGAUCACAGGGUCUGACUUUAUGCUGUAGAAUGAGGCAUGCUGGAUAAAUCCAGGUGGGACACCAUGCAUUCAAGUCUGUAACUAUCAAUAGUUACAUGAGAAGAUCCAACUGGUGUUCCUCCAAGUUCAGGUUAGGGCAAGACGCAAAAUUUCCUCUUUAUCAUUUUUUUAGACACAAAAUUUCAUCUGCAGUUCACGUCUGCAUUCAAAGGGCACCCCAGUGACACACUAGGAUAUUUCACCAACUUCAAUACCUGAUUUGUGAUUGGAUUGGCAAAUUUAACAUUUUCCUUCAAGACUGUACUGUAGAUUUAAUUGAGUCCUAUUACCUGAGAGUAAUAGCUGUUACCAUGUGAAACCGGAAUUUCAGCUUCUUCUAAAUGGAUUAGGCAUGGCAUCUGUAAGAGUCUUGAGCUUUUCUUAUGACACUAGUGAGUCCUUUCUCAGCUGGUAACAUGUAGUAGGGAUGGAAACUGCCUCAGUUAAAUAGUAACACUGCUGACCUAAAUCAAAUGGAUUUCUUCUGGGAUAUGCACUCAAAGUACUCCUCUUAGGGGGAAAAAAAAAAUCUAGUCUUUGCUACCUCUUACUAUUCUAUUGGGAAACCACAGCAGAAAACAGAUUUCUGUAAAAAAUGUAACUGCUUGGGAACAACCAGAAUUCCACGCUAUUAGGAGCCACUCUGCAUGUAGUUGAAAUCCCAGUCCACCAGUCCAUAACUUCAGCUUCCACUUUUAUGCAGAGACUUAGAAUGAAAGUCAAUGUCUAUUAAAAGCAGACAAAAUUCCAGUUGUCUUCAGAGAGCUAGGCUGGCUCUCAUGCUAGUUUUUCUUAUUUGAGAGAAACACUUCUUAUUCCUCAUGCCUUUUCUGUGUAGCCAAAUCCUACCUCUAAACAAAUGCGUUUCAAAUGUUUCUAAGCUUAGGCAGUGGGUCUGAGUCAAAAAACAGGUCACUGCAGUGGGAUCAGAACAGUGGAGAUGACACGGUUAGUUUCCUAGCAAAGUUUGGAAGAUUCUCAUAAAUGGUUCUCAUUUUGGUGUAGGCAUAAACAGUUUUGACAAUUUGAACUUAGCCUCAGUGUUUGUUUUUAAUAAAGGUAUAAAAUGUAGCACCUCA